UCUUCUGCUUUUAUUUUCUUUAUCAUGUACAGAACAGGUCCACGAUAUUAUUCUAAGGGCCCUAAAGCAUCUACUUCAACACAAUGUCAACGAUGUUUAGAACAUGGUCAUUGGACCUAUGAAUGUAAAAAAGAUAGAAGUUAUAAAGUAAGACCUACACGCACACAACAACUCAAGAAGCCCAUCAAACUCGCUCAACCUGAACUACCUAAAGAAUUUCAAGAUAAACGCGGUUUAGCGGACAAACUCUUGAAAGAGCGUAAAAGAAAGAGAAGACGAUCAAGAUCGUCCUCUUCUUCAUCAGAUAGUGAUUCUGGAAGUGAAAGUGAUAGUAGUGUAUCCAGUAGUAGUAGUGGAAGUAUUACCAGUAGUAGUAGCAGUAGUGGAAGUGGAAGUAGUAGCAGCAGUAGUGGAAGUAGUAGUAGCAGCAGUGGAAGUGACAGUGAAUCUUAUAGCAGUGACAGUGAAGAUAGAAAGAAAAAAAGAAAUACAAAGCGUUCUCGUCAUUGAUCUCGUUAAAUACCUCUUUUGAUAUGAAAGCAGAAUAGAAAUGACCACAUAUUUGAUCCUUAUUCUAUAAUAAUAAAGAAGUGUGCAUAUCUCAAAAAGAGGAUGAUAAGGAAGGUUACUGCUUCAGCUAUUCAC